UUUCUCAACAAAUGUAUGCAUGCGUGUUGGUUCUUUCUUGUGCAUAGUGACUGUACACUGCAAUUUCCGGAGUCAACGAUUCUGUUUGAGCUCUCCAUUUGACUUUCAGUUCCUUUUCUCCAGAUCUCAAAUCAUCCAUGGCGGCUGACCCAUAUUCCCAUCGGAGCAAUUCGCCAUCUGAGUACUUCAAUUGGGAUGAUUUGUUGGAUCAGAAUCAAACACUGCGGCCUAAAUGGGUUUCAACUUCUCCUCCUCCCCGAUCUCCACCUCCACCUCCAGUUCGAGUUGUAAAUGAAGUGUUUUGGGAGCACUUCUUAACGGAAAGGCCCGGAACUAGUGAUGAGUUGUUGAGAAUCCACGAUGUGUUCUUGAGUUUCAGAGGGGGGGACACGCGUGCUUCAUUCACUUCACAUCUCUAUGCCGCUCUUCAAAACGCAGGGAUCAAAGUUUUCAGGGACGACGAUUCCCUCCCAAGGGGAGAUCAAAUUUCUACCUCACUGUUGCAAGCAAUUGAAGAGUCUCAUAUUUCAAUUGUUGUUUUCUCGACAAAUUAUGCGGAUUCGCGGUGGUGUCUGGAUGAGUUGGAGAAAAUAAUGGACUGUCACAGAACCAUAGGCCAGGUGGUUUUGCCGGUGUUCUACGAUGUAAAUCCCUCUGAAGUGCGGCACCAAACUGGUGAGUUUGGGAAAAAAUUUCACAAUCAUAUAAAGGGAGACAAUUUGUUGCUAUAUCCUCUGGGUUCCCGUUGGAAGAGUUGGAGGGAGGCGCUUCGUGAGGCUGGGGGUAUUGCAGGGUUUGUUGUUUUAAAUUCCAGGAAUGAAAGUGAGGCUAUUGAGAAUAUUGUUGAAAAUAUUACUAGUUUGCUUGACAAGACAGACAUGUUCAUUGCUGAUAAUCCAGUGGGAGUUGAAUCUCGAGUGCAAGAUAUGAUUCUACUACUAGACAACCAAGAAUCAAAUGAUGUUUUAUUACUUGGGGUUAGGGGUAUGGGAGGGAUUGGUAAAACAACCAUUGCAAAAGCUAUUUACAAUGAGAUUGGCCGCAAUUUUGAGGGGAGGAGCUUCCUUGCAAAUAUUAGGGAAGUCUGGGAGCAAGAUGCUGGACAAGUGCAUUUACAAGAACAACUUCUGUUUGAUAUCUUCAAAAAAACAACAAAGAUACAUAGCAUUGAAUCAGGAAAAAAUAUAUUAAAGGAUAGACUUUGCAGUAAAAGAGUACUUCUUGUACUUGACGAUGUGAAUAAAUUGGACCAACUGAAUGCUUUGUGUGGAAGUCGUGAAUGGUUUGGUUCAGGGAGUAGAAUAAUCAUCACAACCAGAGAUCAGCAUAUACUGAGAGGGAAUAGAGUUAACCAAGUUUACAUAAUGAAAGAAAUGGAUGAAAGUGAAUCCACUGACCUUUUUAGUUGGCAUGCAUUCAAGCAAGCGAGUCCUAGGGAAGAUUUUGCUGAACUUUCAAGAAACGUAAUUGAGUAUUCUGGGGGAUUGCCACUAGCUCUUGAAGUCCUUGGGUCCUAUUUGUUUGACAGGGGGGUAACAGAAUGGAAGAGUGUAUUGGAGAAACUCAAAACAAUCCCCAAUGAUCAAGUACAGAAAAAGUUAAGAAUAAGCUAUGAUGGUUUAAGUGAUGAUAAAGAGAAAGAUAUAUUCCUUGACAUAGCAUGUUUCUUUAUUGGGAUGGACAGAAAUGAAGCUAUACAAAUAUUAAAUGGCUGCAAACUUUUUGCAGAAAUUGGAAUAAGUGUCCUUGUUGAGAGAAGUCUUUUAACUGUUGAUAAUAAGAACAAGCUUGGAAUGCAUGAUUUGCUGCGAGACAUGGGAAGAGAAAUCAUUCGUGAGAAAUCACCAAAGGAGCCUGAGGAGCGUAGCAGGUUAUGGUUUCAUGAGGAUGUUAUCGAAGUAUUAUCAGACCAAACUGGAACUAAAGCUAUUGAAGGACUGGCUUUGAAGUUGCCAGUUAAUAAUACAAAAUGUUUCAGCACUGAAGCAUUUGAGAAGAUGAAGAAACUCAGAUUGCUUCAACUUGCUGGUGUAAAACUUGAAGGAGAUUUUAAAUAUCUUUCAAGAAAUCUGAGAUGGCUGUGUUGGCGGGGAUUUCCGUUAUCUUUCCUGCCUAAAAACCUUCGUCAAGAAAAUUUAGUUUCAAUCAUGUUAGAAAACAGCAAUAUCAAACAUGGAUGGAAAGAUGGCCAGAGGAUGGAGAUGCUGAAAAUUUUGAAUCUUAGUCAUUCUCAGCAUUUGACACAGACCCCAGACUUUUCAUGUAUGCCUAAUCUUGAAAAGCUUGUACUUAGAGAUUGUACAAGCCUGUCUGAGGUUUCCCAUAGCAUUGGAUAUCUCAAUAAAGUUUUACUGAUAAAUUUGAAAGGCUGUAUUAGCCUUCGUAACCUUCCAAGAAGCAUCUAUAAGUUGAAAUCUCUGAAAACUCUCAUCCUUUCUGGAUGUUUAAUGAUUGACAAGUUGGAAGAGGACGUGGAACAGAUGGAAUCUUUGACAACCCUGAUUGCAGAUAACACUGCAAUAACAAGAGUCCCCUAUUCAUUAGUCAGGUCAAAAAGCAUUGGAUAUAUUUCUUUGUGCGGUCAUGAAGGACUCUCUCGUGAUGUGUUUCCUUCUAUCAUUUGGUCUUGGAUGUCACCAACAAAUAACCUCUCAUCCUUAGUUCAAACAUCUGCAGGCAUGUCAUCUCUUGUUUCUUUAAAUGUAUCAAGUAGUAGUUCCCAGGGACUAUCAUCUAUUCCCGUGGACCUCCCAAAGCUUCAAAGUCUGUGGAUGGAGUCUGGCUCAGAACUUCAACUUUCUCGAGAUGCAGAAAGAAUUUUGGGUGCCUUGUAUGCUAUGAAUUCUUCUAAAGAAUUGGAAUCAACUGCAACUACAUCAGAAAUAUCAAAUAAGGAAACUUCUGGCUUGAUGCAAUGCAGUUGUCAAGUGCUUGAUUCAGGAUCAAAAGAUUCCUUGAAAUCUCUUUUAUUUCAAAUGGGAAUGAAUUGCCAAGCCACCAGUAUUCUGAAAGAGAGCAUUUUAGAGAAUAUGGCUGUUAGAGGGUCUGGUUUGCUCCCCGGAGACAAUUAUCCAGAUUGGUCAACCUUCAACUCGGAAGGUUGUUCUGUGAUUUUUGAAGUCCCUCAAGUGAACGGGCGCAGUUUGAAGACAAUAAUUUGUGUUGUCCAUUCUUCUACCACAGAUGACAUAACAUCAGAUGGCCUUCAAAAUGUGUUGGUGAUAAAUUGCACAAAGAACACAAUUCAGCUCUAUAAGAGGAAUGCAUUAGCCUCCUUUGAAGAUGAAGAGUGGCAGAGAGUAGUAUCAAAUAUUGAACCGGGUAACAAAGUAAAGAUGGUGGUUGUUUUUGAGAACGGAUUCACUGUGAAGAAGACAACAGUUUAUCUUGUAUAUGAUGAAGAGAAAAUGGAACCUUGCAAUGCACCAUAUAAGAAUGAAAUUGUUUUUGGUGGUGAUGAAAUUGAAUCCGCUGUCAGGAAAAGCUCUGCUCAAGUGGAGUCAGUGAAUGACUUGAAACAAAAACAAAAGAGAAGGAAAUUCCAAUAAAAGAUUGUGGAAGAAUGGCUGGUUAAAACUAUUUCUAUGGUGCCCGCAAAUCUCAUAUAGUUGCUUGCUGAUUGUGGGGUUUGAUCAACAAACACACAAAUCUCUUCCCAUGGGAUUGCAUCAGCAAAUGGCAGAACAAUAUCAUCUGCAACAACAAUAGGGAUGCAACAAAAUAUAUCACAGCUUGAACCAAUCUUAGGUCCAAGGAGCAUAGACAAAACACAGCUUGUUGCAUGUCCUUGUGGUAUGUGGUUGGAUGCUCAAUGCAAAUGUCAAAGUAGUGGAUUGUUCUUAAAGUUCUCCCAUGCUGCUGCUCUUGCACCUCUGCAAGAUUGCGAAUCACAGUUUAACCAGUCAUGAUUAUUUGUUGAUUCAAGUUUGUUUUUUAUGAAAGCAGCAACUCACACACCCGGACUUGUGCAUCCAUUUUUUCUUAGCAGCAAUUUUCCAGCACAUCUCCUCAGUAACAGCACUCAUUUUUCUAAAUAUACAGAGAUUACAUUAGCAAUUGAUGUAAUAUAUUUAUCAGCAAUUUGAUAGAAGUGGGUUCCUCUCCCAGGAAAAACUAA